UUCAUCUUUCGAAAGACUCUUGUGGAGUUGUGGACCUUGUGGUUUUGCAAGUUACUUUAAUUUAUAUUUUAUAAAUAUAAACAUUGCAUUUUCUACUAUAUUGGUAUAACAUCAAUAUUAAAAAGACCUUGCAACAAUCGAAUGCUAAUGGAUUCACAUAAAUCCCACCGUAAGCAUAAAAAAGUCAGGAAAAAGAAAAAAAGACGCCACAAAUCUUCAAGUUCGAGUGACAGCACUAGUAGUGAAGACGAAUGGGUAGAAGCUCCCACUGCCUCCCAAAAUUCGACCAAAAGCAGAGACGAAGAUAUACAGAAGGCCACCGCUAAGAAGGAAGAAGAUAAUGACGAGUGGGCAUCUUUUUCUGGUCAGUUCCGGACGAGAGAAGAAAUACAAGAGAAACGAAAGCCGAAAAAAGAGGAACGCGUGAAUCUCGACAAGUUAGGCCAGUCCGCCCGGGAGCUGAAUCCGUAUUGGAAAGAUGGCGGAAGUGGUCUGCCGGAGGAGGAGAAGGCGGUGGUGGGCGGAGGGGCAGUGGGUGACUUUGGCCUAGACUGGCUGCGCAGAGCGAUGCGCCGUAGCAAGGAGCAGGCACUGGAGGAGAAGCGGUCUCUGGAAGAGGUGGUUGCUGAACGCUGGGGGUCUUUGGCCAAAUUGGAAUCAUUGAUUGCCGAGGCGGAGGAGAAGCAGAGGAGAACAGUCACAAAUCAAACUACGACAACAAUGACAGGUAUCAAAGAAGAAAAUCAUAUGACGUCACUAAUCGAAGCGAUGACGUCACUUCUAAAGAAGAUUCAUGAAACCCAACAACGAGUCUAG